AUGUUGGGAAAUGGACCAGACCAGAUCCAUGCGUGUGAACCAUUCGAUGUGGCGGAGCGCGAGGUCGGUCUAGAAGAUGUCGUGACGGAUCUCGUCAGGGGUGCUCUGUUUGUGGUUUCAUUUGAGGCGGUGGCAGGUUUGGCAGGGGAUGUGUCGCAUCGAGUGGAUGACGACGCCGGAACGCUAACUGACAUGUUGGCAGCUCCAGCUGUGACGCCACGUGCUCCUUUAAAAGACAGAAGCGUCAACGCUGAGACGCCGAAUGUUGCGAAUCUGGGAAGCAAGGUGUCUACGCAGACGUGGAACGAGAUUGACGCAGAAGCCAACGCGAGGAUAGAAGCGAUGCGAGAAAGCUUCAGGGAAAAGGCGAGAGUCAUUAAGGAGCAAACAGAAGCUCAGAUUAACUCUCUUCCUGAAGAAGUGGCUCAAAUGCCUGUGGAGGAGUAUCUGAAGCUGAAGAAGCUAUCGCUUGAGGAACUUUUGAUUAUUCAACAAAUCAGCACAAGCCAGUAA